AUGAAUCAGACCCAGAUCCCUUCGGCAGAGACCAAGCCCAAUGGGGCCAGGCCCCACAUCUGCUGUGCGCCCCCUCCCCGCGCCCCCAGCUCGCUGGGCAGCCCCACCGUGCUGGUCAGAGCCAAGCCCCGACGGAGCAGCCCCGAGCCGGGCCAGCCCGCCGACAGCGAGCCCUGCGCGGCGGAACCGAGCCGAGAGGAUCCCCGGGAUAUCAGCGACCGCUGCCCGUCGGAGACAGCCCCCGACGGCGGCUGGCUCAGCGCCGACGAGUCCUCGGGCUACGAGAGCGAGAGCGCGGAGCGCGCCGGGGCCGCGGCGGCGGGCGGGACCCGCGGGCGGCAGCGGCGGGCGCGCACCGCCUUCACCUCGGAGCAGGUCUGCCGCCUGGAGAAAACCUUCCAGAGACAGAAGUACCUGGGCGCCACGGAGCGCAGGAAGCUGGCGGCUGCCUUGCAGCUCUCGGAGAUCCAGAUUAAGACCUGGUUUCAGAACCGGAGGAUGAAACUGAAGAGACAGAUACAGGACCACCAGCACAGCCUCGUGCCCCCUGUUCCGUUCCACAGCUACGCCCCGGGGACCUCGCCAGCUCUGUUUCAGGAUGGUCUCCACUACCCCUUUGCUGCCCAGCACCAGAGACUCUUGCCUUUUACCCCGAUGCCUGCUGUGCAGUUCAGCUUCUCCUUUCCCAGAUAUGACGCAUCGCAAAGCACCUACCACUUUAUGGCAAAUGAACUGCCCUACUACCACCAACACCUUCUUCCUCAUCCUUCUUUCCAUCCGGUUAUUCAGAACAAGAUGGACAGGCAAUGCCACCCAGUAUAUGCGUUAUAGUGAUAAAGCAGUGGUUUAUACUGUAAGGUGUUUCAUGCUCAGAAAUCUCUUGCCUGAUUUGGAAGAGUGUCUUUAUUACUUUUAAGUUAAAUGUGAACAUUAAUAAUUUUAUAUUUGAUAAUUAAUAUUAAAAUAUUAAUCUAGUUUAAAAUGUUAUGUUAUGUAUCAUUGCUCCUCCCAGUUUUUUCAUAAAUGUGUGUAUAUGUAAAUAAAAUAUGAACAGGGUUAUAUGUGCCAGCUCUAUAAAAGAUUGCACUUGUGCAAUGCAAACUGCGGUGGUCACUUGUCCUCCUUUGUAAAGGUAAUGGUUUCAAUGGUUAAAUACAUUUUGUCUGACUUUCCUACUAUCCACCGA